UCUUGGUCUCAGGUCAGGUUCCAGGUGGAGGAGGAAGAGAUCGUACGCAUGCACCCCCGCGAGCGAUCCUGGCUCACCGGCUACGAGGACUAUCGCCAUGCCAACUCCACACGCGACAAACUCCCCCAGCCCGACCACCACAACGCCUACAUCCACAUCGCCAAGAGCGAGCCGCCCAAACACGACUACACCUACCCGUACCCGCUGGGCUGCAACGGCAAACCCGGCCGCCAGGAGCGGGGGGGCAGUGGCGGCCGCAGAGCGGUUGUGACGGCGCAGCCAUGCACCCUGCAGCCCAAAGGCAAGAGACGCAAGGAGGACGGCGAGCGUUCCCGCUGCGUUUACUGCCGGGACAUGUUCAACCACGAGGACAACGGGCGGGGCCGCUGCCAGGAAGCCCCCGACCCGGUCCAGAACUGCAUCAGGCGGGUCAGCUUCAUGUGGUGCGCCGACAGCCUGCUGUACCACUGCAUGUCGGACCCGGAGGGGGAUUACUCGGACCCGUGCUCCUGCGACGCCGGCGACGAGCGCUUCUGCCUGCGCUGGACGGCGCUGGUGGCUCUGUCGAUGCUGGCGCCGUGCAUGUGCUUCUACGCCCCGCUCAGGGCGUGCUACCGCUGCGGCGUGGCCUGCCGCUGCUGCGGCGGGAAACACAAAGCGGUGGGCUGAUGGUGCAUUUAUACUCAGAAGUCAGAGACACACAACACCAAGUCGUGAAACAAGCCGCCUGAACUCGGAAGUUGGAAAUUUGGGAAGUCGGACCACCUAGCAGUAACCCGGAAUGUCAGUUAUUUCCAAUAUCGUGCAAUAAACAAGGGGCUCUGAGACCCCGACGGCGAGGCCACGACGGCAGUUGACAUGAAAUUAAAAAGGCCCCGUGGACCCCAAAGCACAACGGCUAAUACAAAAUGUUACUUAAAUUAACAAGUCCCAGUGACACAAAGGACAACACAAGGUAUGACCUCAGAUUUAGGAGUUUGGGAACUCAGACAACCUCGCAGUAGCCCAAGCUCAAAAUCCAACAUGGCUGCCCUGUGCAUCAACAGUAGUGAAAGCUGCAGUAACAUAAGCACUUCUGUCUUAUUUGACUCUCACUAAAUCAGACGUACACACAGUCCUGUCCAUCGUCAUCAUAAUCUGUGGACAUGUUGCUGC